CGCGAAAGUGCGCGUCUUCCUGACAGAACUAUGGAGGCCCUGAUGAGCCUAUACGCUCCAAAAGAAAGAUGACGUCUCCAGGCUUGCUGGAUACCCAGAAAGGGCCAGAGAAGAAUUCGAAGCAAGAGAAGAAAUAUCGACCCGUCAGGCCAUUGCCGUAUGAGCUUCGGCAGCAUUGUAUCAUCUAUUUUGAAGAGGAGCUUUACCACCAAGCUCUGUCGCUUUUACUUGACCUUGUUGGGGGUGGCACCGACACCUGGGGCUUUCCUCAUGCUGUCCCAGCCUAUGUUCCCCCGCCGCAACAUUUUGCGCUGGCCGCGACCUUGAUUGUACAUCCCGGCUUGACGACGAGAGCUCGGUCUUCCGAGUUUGUUCAUGCAUCCAAUGCGGCAGUACGGCUGGUCCGUAUCGCAAACAAGCUUAUGGGCCCGAUAAAUGCGGAUUUUGGUACAGCUUUCACGUUCACUGGCCUCUCUGUCAGUCGCCGUGGAGGAGGAAGCAGUAGACGCCGAGUCGCCGCGGAGCAGAUUGCUGCACCUCGCCACGAGGAUGCUGACGCAAUAAAUUCGGAGAUUGCAAACGAGGGUGGACUAUAUGCAUUGGCAGAAGAUUUUUGGCAUGUGGUGGGAUGGGCAUUUAAUUGCUCUGUGAGCUGGAAGAGGCGGUGGCUGCGAUGGAAGCUAUGGCUGGAGACCAUGCUAGAAGUAUUGGAGGAUGAUUGGAUAGCCAGAGAAAACCUCUGGCUGGAUAAUGAGGACGGAGAAGAGGAGCUUGAGGUUCUUGAAAAUAGCCUGAUUGCGAGGUAUCUUCGUACGGAUCUGAAUCGCUACGGAGGGGUUCGACGAAUCGUACGUGCUAUAUUCGCCGACGGUUCAAGUACAAACCUCAACGAAUUUCGAGAGGUGUUUCGAAAGGAAACAAAGGAGCGCAAAAGGAAACAGGACCCAAUUUUUAAACGCGAACAGAGAGUCAAUAUUGAUGAGGAUAAUUUUGGAGACUACCUAGACGAGAAUGAGGACGACGACGACGAUGACGAUAAUACUGGAGCCGAUCCCUAUGCCAAUUUGGAAGAGCUCCUUGCUGAAGAUGGCACCCCAGAACAAUCUGGAAAACGAAAAAGAGGCGGACCUGGGCGGCGCGUUGCAGUCAAGGCAGAGGAAGAUACGAAAGGAAAUUCCAUGACUGUCUUCGACUCGCCCUCCUUUUCUUCCGAAGAUGCUUUCAAUGGUUCCGAACCGCUUGGCGGAAUGGAGGCUGUCCAACUACGACGGCGACUUUUAUACUUGUUAUCCGCUGUAUCACAUGCACUUCCUGACAGCUUUACACCCAUCACGUCUCUCUACGAUCUCUACUUGGAUCAUCUGCGCCCACUUCCAUUGGCGAAAUUCAACCUCUUCAUCUCUCCCAUUCCCGUUCCCACAUUCAACCCUUCUGCACAUUCCUCCCUCGUUCAGCUAUUGUUGCGGUCCAUGCUAGCAUCAUCUGCACCAGCACUACCUCGCGCUGGACCUGCUCGAGGAUCUCGAGGCGAGCGCAUCCGCAAGAGCGGUGAUUCUACAUCGCUCCGUGACAGUAGCGAGCUAUCCGAUUUUCUCACGCAAGAUUUGCUCGAAAGGCAUUUCCUUCCGUUUGCCGCCUCCUCUGCAGGGCCUGCCGACAAUGCCAAAGUCAGUCUUAUGCUUGAAUGCUUGAUGAGACUGCUAGCAAUGCAUGUCGGGCUCAGCCGUUCGCCAACAUUAGGAUCGUCGUCGCAGGAACCAAACGAAGGCAGUGUAGACAAAUCACAGGACGAAGACCCCAGUCAAGGAACGCUGAGACGUGCUGUCGAGCAAGGCAUUGCGGCACGAGAAGAAAAGGCAGCCAAGCCUGAAGGACGCAAGCGGAAAAAGGUUGCAGGCAGUACAAGCCGAGCAAGUCCUGACAAAGUCGAUAUCAAAGAGGAAGAUGCCCGAGAUCCCGACUGGACAUGGCUUCGAACAAGCUCAGAGCGUCUUCGUGUCUUGGUGGACGUGGCAGAAACAGACUCGGAUCAUAUGGCGGUUGACGCUGAGAUACACAGCUCCUGACUUCCAUCUUCUCGCGAGUAUUCAUUCAUCUCUUUUUUUUUUUCCCUUUCCAGCGCUCGAUAUUCUGCUUCCCUUUGAUCACUACCCAGAUACCAAAUAUACGCAUUAGAGCCUUCUUCACCUAUAAAAUAUACCUAUCUUGCCUCGACUGCUUAAUGAAAGUAGAUUUCUCAACAACCUACUACUCUUCUCCUCAAUCAUACAACUUUCCACAUUAAGCGUCCAUUCUCCUGCUCUCUAAGACUGUACUUCCUUCUUCAACCCAGGUCUCGUCUCACACAAUGUAAAUAUCUUACGUGGAU